UUCAUAGUUCAAAGGUAAUUCAAUUCAUUACCUUAAUUACAAAAAGAAUGUUGCGAAUUCGAGUAAUUUUUUUUUGUUCUUGUUGCAAUUAGCUCUAAUUUCGUUAAUGGUGAUCCGGAGGUGCCAUGUUACUUUAUCUUUGGAGAUUCGCUAUCAGAUGCAGGCAACAAUAAUGCCCUAGAUACUAUGGCUAAAGCUAAUUAUUCGCCGUAUGGUGUCGAUUUUCCUGGCGGAGUUCCUACCGGAAGGUUUACUAAUGGACGUACCAUUGCAGAUUUCAUCACUCAAUUCUUGGGAUUUAAAGAGUUUAUACAACCAUAUAGUGCUCACAUUGGUCAAGAUGCAUUGAGAGGCGUCAAUUACGCAUCUGGUGCUGCAGGAAUUCUUCCAGAAACUGGAUCAAAUUUGGGUGAACGAAUUUGGUUGGAUCAGCAAUUACAAAAUUACAACGUCACAAUCUCAAUGCUUCAAUCGAUGGUUAAAGGACCGAUUGCUAACUACUUAAACAAGUGUUUGUACACUGUCAAUAUUGGUAGCAAUGACUACAUUAAUAACUACUUCCUCCCACAACAAUUUCCUAGUAGCAAACUCUUCACCAAGGACGAAUAUGCAACACUACUCAUAUCUCGAUAUCGAGCUCGAUUACUGGCACUAUAUGAUUCAGGUGCAAGGAAGAUAGUGGUUUUUGGAUUAGGUCAAAUAGGUUGCACUCCAGCUGAAAAGGCUAGAUUCAAUUCAACAAAAUGUGUUGAUGAAAUCAACAAAGCAGUAGAUCUUUUCAAUACAAAACUUGUUUCUCUAGUAGAUGAUUUCAAUUUAAAGCUCCUUGAGGCCAAAUUUACCUACAUUAAUCUCUCGGCCUUGCAAUCUUCAACUUCAUUCCCAUUUGGGUUUAUAAUGGAUUCAUAUUGUUGCAAAUUAAGAAGUGAUUUCAUGUGUGAGCCGCUUUCUCCCCCUUGUCGUAAUAGGCUCUUUCACGGAUACAUGGAUGGAUUUCAUCCAUCAGAAUUUGUGAAUCAGGCAGCAGCAACAAUUGCAUACAACGACCCGUUCUUGUUUGUCCAUCCGAUGAGCAUUAGGCAAUUACUUUGAAGUUAGCUUGAUUCUAUACACGAUAUUUAUGUCGAACCUAGGCCGAAAUAAUUUUAGAUGGAUACUUACACAAAGUAUAUAUCUAUAUAUAAUUUGGGUAGGUUAAGAUGAAUGUUCCAAAUGAACUUGAUCGACCCUAAAUGGGUUCACCAAACAAGUUUUUAGAUGCAUUGUGUUGAAGAAAGAACGUGUAACUCAAAUUUUAGAUGCAUUGUGUAGUUCUUACAUUUAUAUAUACACGAGUUUUGUGCCCUGGCGAUGUCCGGGUAGUUUA